AUGGCUUCCACUACAAAGCUUGCACCACUUGACGCUUCCAAGUUGGCCAUUACCAAAAAUGCUUCACCAAAGACACCAUUGCCAAACGAGCAAUUGAAGUUUGGCCAAAGUUUCACCAACCACAUGCUCAAGAUCCAAUGGAACGAUAAGGAUGGUUGGAAAAACCCUGAGAUUGUUCCAUAUGGACCAUUGGUCUUGGACCCAUCUGCUUGUGUUUUCCACUACUCAUUUGAACUGUUUGAAGGUUUGAAGGCUUACAGAGAUUCCGAGGACAAGAUCAGAAUUUUCAGACCAGACAAGAACAUGGCCAGAAUGAACAAGUCUGCCCACAGAAUUGUCUUGCCAACUUUUGACUCUGAGGAGUUGAUCAAAUGUAUCGGUGAGCUGAUCAAGCUUGACAAGGAGAUGAUCCCAAAGCAAAAGGGUUACUCUCUUUACAUCAGACCAACUUUGAUUGGUACCACUGCUGGACUCGGUGUCAGUGUUCCAAGUGAUGCCCUUUUGUACGUUAUUACAUCUCCGGUUGGUCCUUACUACUCCACUGGUUUCAAAGCUGUUAGACUUGAGGCCACCGAUUACGCAACAAGAGCUUGGCCAGGUGGUGUCGGUGAUAAGAAACUCGGUGGUAACUACGCCCCAUGUAUCAGACCUCAGUUGGAUGCCGCUUCCAGAGGUUACCAACAAAACUUGUGGUUGUUUGGUGAUGAGAAGUACAUCACUGAAGUUGGUACCAUGAACGUUUUCUUCGUCUUCAAGGACCCAAAGACCGGUAAGAAGGAGUUGGUCACUGCUCCAUUGGACGGUACCAUUUUGGAGGGUGUCACCAGAGACUCCAUCUUGGAGUUGUGCAGAACCAGAUUGAACCCAGAAGAAUGGGAAGUUAACGAACGUUACUACUCCAUCAACGAAGUGCGUGACAGAGCCGCUAAAGGUGAGCUUGUUGAGGCAUUCGGUUCUGGUACUGCUGCCAUCGUUUCUCCAAUCAAGGCUAUCGGUUACGAAGGUAAGGAUAUUGACGUGCCAUUGCUCCCAGGUCAAGAAUUUGGUGAACUUACAAACCAGGUUGCGCAAUGGAUCCAAAAAAUCCAAUACGGUGAUGAAGAGUACAAGAACUGGUCUCAUGUUGUUGCUGACUUGAAAUAA